AUGGAGGCUGUUCCAGAAGAUGAACAUUUAGUUCCAAAUCAGAGAGUUUCUGGAGAAGAGUCACCUGGACUAAAUGUGACAAAGCUUACCAAGCCUGCACAGCCUUCCUUGGUUAUUUGGAGCAAUGAGGACUCAUUACAUUGGAACCAGAACAAACAGGAUAUAAUUUUGCCACAAGAACCUUUCAUCUGUGAAUCUGAUUGUGAUGAAAAAAAGGGAAGCUUUAGUGUUAAGUCAGUUAACUCUAUCUGUGAAAUACAAGAGGGAAUUCCUGUAAGAAAUAGAUGCCCAAAGGAAGUAAAGGUUAAAACUAACUUGAAGGUUAACUUAGGUUCAGGAGAUAGGCAGUAUUCAGAGCCUGAUAACUGUGGAAAUGUCUUGAGCCCAUGUACAACUACUCCUCAUUGGCGUAAUAAGAGUCAUAAUGCAGUGAAUUCUUACUAUUGUUACCAAUGUGGAAAAGCCUUUAGCCAGAGUUCAUCCCGUAAUCGACAUCAGAUCAUUCACACAGGAGAGAAACCCUAUGAAUGUAGUGAGUGUGGGAAGUUCUUCAACCAACGUGCAAACCUUUCUAAGCAUCAAAAAAUUCACUCUGCAGCAAAGGUUUGCCAAAGCAAGAAAUGUGGGAAAGCCUUUGAGAAGAGUGUAGAUCAUAACAGAAAUGCAAGACUGUGUUCUGGAGGUAAUCGGUAUGAAUGUGUGGACUGUGGAAAAUGCUUCAAGUACAGCUCCUUCCUUAUUCGACACCAGUUGAUUCAUACAGGAGAAAAGCCAUUCACCUGUCAGGAAUGUAAGAAAACUUUCUACAGCCAUUCGAAUCUUCGUAAGCAUCAGAAACUUCACACUCAAGCUAUGGGUUUGAUGUUUAAUAAAACUUAGUGAA